GUUUUUUCGAUACAUAACAGUGCUUUCAAAUAUUAUAUUUAUGUUAUUGUAAGACUACUGUAAGUCCUGACUCCUGAAAUUUUAUUGUUAUUUUUUAGUUAAAUAUUUGUAAUCAAAAGGUUACAUAAAUUCAUUAGAGCUCGCUGUCGAGUUUAAUCAGUUUGUUUUAACAUCUAAUUUUUUCCUCUUAAAUCUUAUUUAGAGAUGGUAAUCGUUUUUUUUUAUUCGUUUAUACAGUUUUAUCUGAUAAUUACAGUAGAUAAAGUUUCAGAUGCUAAACCAAGAAUGUUUGAUCUAUGCUCUGCUGAGGGAGGGGUGGAGUGUGGAAUGAGUGUAUGUACUGAGGCUGUACACACUGACCUCUAUCCUCCAACUAAUCUCCUCUCAAGAAAAGGGAACUUAAAAGGAUUUAUGGCUGAAUAUUUCAUCAGGCCUCCAGUAAGUUUAUACUUCCAUUUCCCCUUCCCUCUAGUUCUAGUGAAGAUAUCAAUGGAUACAAAUAUAGAUAAACAAUCCUCAAUAUUCUUCUCUAUAGCAGGUAGUACAUCAACAGGACCACGCUGCUCACCAGCAUGUACAAGGAGGAAUCAAGAUGUAAUUGAUUUAACCGGAGAGGAAUCAAAUCAGAAUUCAGAAUUUAAACACAAUUUUAUACAAUUAGGAGUCGGAUCGGCAGUGGACGGCCGAAUUGUUUUCUCCAACACGGCGGUGACUGGAUACAAUGAGACCGGUUACUCCUUGAAGGACAAUUCUAAAACCGGCAUCUUAAAUAGGAUUUCCAUUCUCCAACUUAAUAUUCUCAGAACUAAGGAAUCAAGUGUACCCUGUCUGAAGAACCUCAAGAUCUUUGUAACACCUAGAGCUGGUAGGCCUGCUGAGAAACUACUCUUAGAGCAAGCUCUCAAUACUCCAGAGCAAUCCUCAACCUCAUUUUCAUUCUUCGGAGGUUCUUCGUUAGAGGAUGAAACCUCCGGUUGCUCUAAAUCUGAUAAAUCCUCUAGUUAUCAGCCUGGUGAAAGAACGGAAACCCCCGAAGAGAAAAUACCUACUGAGUUUUUGGAUGAGAUAACUGCAGAGCUCAUGCUCAUCCCGAUGGUCUUACCAAGUGGGAAGUUCGUAGACAGGGGUACCCUUGAGAAGUGCAAUGAAUCCCAGGCUAUGUACGGAGGUUUACCCAGAGACCCAUUUUCAGGACGUGUGUACACGGAAAAUCUAAAACCGGUUUUCUGCGCUGAGCUGAAGAGUAGAAUAGACGCCUAUCUUACACAGCAGAAUAUUGAUACACGUGCUCGAACAGUUGGGGAUGCCGCCGCCAUUGAUAGAUUUAUUAAGAGUAAAAACAGUUUUAAAGGAACAAAAAGAAAACACUCCUCAGUUUUGAUAAAUUAAUUAUUUUAUUUUUAUUUAUUAACUCAUAAAUAAUUCUAUUUUCAGA